UCUACACUGCAGACAACGUCAUCUGGUGACUCGGACUUCAGAAUGACGAAUCCAAGUGUAAAGCGCACGAAAAACAACACUGAAAUCACACUAGCCAAGCCACCUCGAACAGGCAAUGCUACAACAAGAGUUAAAAGCACUGGAAAUCCUACAACUUGCUCACAAUGUAAUGUUUUGGUCCUAGAACUUGCAAAUUGACCCUACCUAGUCCCAGAACUUGCAUCAAAUGUGCAAAUUUGGUCCUAAGCAAUCACAGAGCGACAAGUGGACGCCUGGGUCCCGAGCCGAUCAGUGUGCGGCAUUUUGUAAAGAGGCCCCUGCCUUUCGUUGUAAUCAACCCGCAGGACACGAAAGCAUCCCCUCCAACACACACGCACACCCUGGACACACCCUGUCCGUCACGGGCACACACACUCACUCACCGUCACCUCCGGAGCGAGCUCCAAGGCAGAAGAGGCGGCUGAGCAGAGCAGAGCAGAGCAGCAAUCCAUGGCGUGCCACUGGAGCGCAGCGCUGCUGUGGCUGUGGGCGGCUCUGCUGCUGCGCCUCGCGGCCGUGGGCAAGCCGCCCGCGGUGGUGGCCGGGCCGGUGUCCCGGGCGGAGGAGGCGAGGCUGUUCCACAUGUACUACGGGCAGGGCUUCAAGGUCAUCAAGAACGCCUGGGACGGCAAGAGCUAUCUCCUCAUGCAGCUACUUGGGGUGCUGGAGAACUUGAAAGGGAUAACAUCACCUCAGGUGGCUUCUCAGUGCGUGCUCCAGGCAUAUGCAACUGGAAAUGUUCAGCUUGUCAACAGGACAGACACAGGUAAACUCUCGCAGUUCCGCGCGCAUUUCGUGAGCACGGAUUAAGAUAAAGGUUGCAACUUCACAGCCUACGUACCCUUCAAAGAGGACACUCCGUUGCAG